AUGUCCGCAGGAGCCCCCGUCACCGACUACCCAACCAACGACACGACCUCGGAAGCCUCGUCAAGCCCCCAAGCCAAUCGCAAAAAGCCCACCAAGCUCGGCGGCCAAAAGGAGAACAACUCGCUCCAGAAAGCGCCUCCCCCACAAUACGCGCCCUCGGACAACGAGGACGAUGACGGCUCAGAGCAACUCCAGCCCGCCAUGGCGCCGCGACGGAGCGGCGGCCGUCGCAUAGUGCCCGUCCACCAGUCGCGCAUCACCGACCGUCCCGCCAAAGUAGGCGAAAAGGACAGUUCGCUGAAGAUCAAGAUCGAGCUGGAUCUCGAAGUCGAGGUAGAAAUCUACGCACGCGUCAAGGGCGAUAUAACGAUUGGGCUGAUGUAG